AUGUCGAUGUAUGAAGUCUACAGUCAGUCUUCGGGAUUAAAAUAUAAAGCUUCUGUUUGUUCCAAAGCAUUUGUUUUGUACACAGUUAUAACAUUAUUAACAUUUUUCUUACCAUUUUUGUUCUGUUAUAGAAGUAACGGACUUUGGCUCAAGUAUGAAAAGUACAUGGAACAACCAACAGUACAAUUUAAACUGGAGUAUUUAAUGAUAGCCGAAACUUCCGAUCCUAUGGCUCCGGUGAUUUGUGGUAAUUUUCCUAACACAAUAAAAACCACAGGAUUCUGCCCCAUUAUAAAGGUAAACGAAGAAGAUACCAACAUAGACGGCAUUAAAGACUUGCUGAACUUGGAGCUACACUUGGCAACUAACGACACUCUAGACGUGCAUUCGGUUACUUUGCUAUUGAUUUUCGAUUUUAAAAUACGUGAAUUAUGCUUACUCGAAAUGGAGUCCAUGGUAGCUAUUACUCAUAGUUCUGCUCUGCCAGGUGGCAGGUUAAACAUAAUUGGAGAUUUAAAUAUAGUCCAAAGAAUUCCGCUGGAUUGUUCGCCAAAAAAACCCAUCCGCAUUAAAAAACGAAUUUUACAAUUUGAAAAAUCCAACUGGUUAGCAAAUAUCUAUAAUGAUUAUUCCAAACGAACCAUUUAUACCAAAUUGGAUAACAUUUUUUCGAUUUGGACUAGAGGCCGUGCAUACCAGCAACCGUUUGUAAUUAAUGCUAUCAUAAAUUACAACAACAUUGAAAUUGUAUACAAGCCAAAAUUUUGGCAAAUAAUUAAAUGGGCGUGGAUGCAAUAUUUUUCGACACUUGUAAUAUCCAUACUUAUAUUUAAAAAAGUUAGACGAUUUUUAUUUACAAAACAUAUCGUUAAUACCAGCGUAGUUAGUUCAAAAUAAUUGUUGUGGCAUUUGGUAGUCAUUAAAAUCUUUUAUUUUUAAAUAUUUGUACUCAAAUUCUGGUA